AUGCCAUCGAAGGCACCAGAGAAAGAAUCGGCUGGCUCGCUAGAGCAAGAAGUCCCAAUCUCACCGCAGCUCCCACAGCGGCAAAAAGACUUACCGAGAUGGGAUCCUCGAAGCUGGAACCUGGUUACGUGGAUCAUGGCGGGUGUGGCAACUGCUGCAGUCGUAGUAGUAGCGGUGGUGGCAGGCGUGCUAGGCGCGAGGGCGAACGCCUACCCAAAUUACUACAAAAUGGAGUACACGUUGAAGGAUACAUACGCUGGAAGCUCGUUUUUUGAUGACUUCGAUUACUUUACAGGCUACGACCCGACGCAUGGUUUCGUCCACUACGUCGAUUCUGAAGGAUCAAAACUACACAAUCUUACAGAAAGAACAUCGCCGGCACCGCCAAACUCGCUAUCAAAGGAUGGGACAGUGAUCCUCCGUGUAGACGCGGAAGAUAAGAACGCGACCACAGGUCGACGAAGCGUUCGUAUCACGUCGAGGAAAACAUACGACACAGGCCUUUUCAUCUUUGAUAUUGUGCACACGCCCUACGGAUGCGCGACCUGGCCUGCUCUAUGGUUGACCGACCCCAACAACUGGCCGGACCACGGAGAGAUCGACGUUGUAGAAUCAGUCAACAUGGGCGACACGGGGAACCAAAUGACGCUCCACACAACGGACGGCUGCAAAAUCGGAAAGCACAGGCGCAGGAAGCAGACGGGCAACGUUCUGGCAUAUGACUGCUGGAACGCAACAAAUUACAACAUUGGCUGUGGCGUCGCAGGACCCCCGUCCUCGUUCGGGCAGGCGUUCAAUGCAAAUGGAGGCGGUGUCUACGCACUCGACUUGCGCGUUGAAGGCAUUCGCGUGUGGCUGUUCAACCGCACGUCGAUCCCGUCAGACAUCACUGAGCAGAAGCCUGAUCCAACCACGUGGGGCAAAGCACUCGCUGAUUUCCCUAAUCUGGAAUGCGACAUUGGGAAGCAUUUUGGGAACCUGUCGAUAAUUGCAAACAUUGGUCUCUGCGGCGACUGGGCGGGCCAGAAGAGCAUCUUCAAUACUAAUCCGAUGUGUUCAGGGACGUGCAGCGAUUAUGUGGCGUACAAGGCGAAGGACUUUGAGCAGGCGUACUGGGAGUUUGGAGGGUUUUGGAUCUAUCAGUAAGGGGCAUCGACGGCGGCGUCUAGGGU